AGACUUUCCCUUUACUCCUAAACAAACAACAAUCACUCGAACAGCGUGCGCAGAAGGGAACAGAGCAACGAGCAGCAGCAGCAGCAGUAGCAGAGGAGUAGGAGAGAACCGGAGACAGGGAUGCUUCACCCAACAAGAACGAGAAGCAGCAGUAAAGUUUAAGCGAGUCCUUAGCGAAGGGAAGAGAGAGAGAGAGAGAGAGAGAGAGAGAGAGGGGCUUGUCGGGGUCUGCGCAGAUUAGACGGAGAGCAGAGCAAAGGGAGGGAUACUCCGAGAAGACGGGCAGCCGGAGAAGGAAGGAGAGCCCGGUAUCUUGUACCUAUGGGGGUUCUGCCCGAUGACGUAGUGAUCAUCAGGCAGCCGGAGAAGGAAGGAGAGCCCAGCGUCAUCACCAUAAACUGCCCCGACAAGACGGGCCUCGGCUGCGAUUUGUGCCGCAUCGUACUCUUCUUCGGUCUCAACAUUGUCAGGGGAGAUGUUUCAACCGAUGGAAAAUGGUGCUACAUCGUGUUCUGGGUCGUCGGGAAGCCUAAUACGAGGUGGGGUCUAUUGAAGGAGAGGCUAGUCGAAGCAUGCCCGACUUGUGCUUCCGCGUCUGCGAUCUCUUUCUUCUACAGCUCUCAGAUUCAGUCCCCGAGGCCUCCCGAUGUCUUCCUCUUGAAGUUCUGCUGCUAUGACCGGAGAGGCCUUCUACAUGACGUAACAUGGGUUCUAUCAGAACUGGAGCUUAUAAUCAAGAAAGUUAAGGUCUCCACAACCCCGGAUGGGAAAGUGAUGGACCUGUUCUUCCUCACUGAUACCAGGGAGCUCUUGCACACGAAGAAGAGGAAGGAUGACACCAUCGGCCACCUGAGAAGUGUUAUCGGGGAUGCGAUGAUAAGCUGCGAGAUCGAACUGGUGGACUCCGAAGUUACGUCAUGCUUACAGGCUGCUGGCUUUCUUCCCUCUAUAAUCACAGAGGACAUGUUCCAAAGCGAAAUGCCUAUGAAACCGCUCGAUGGGUUGAGCACAUCUGAGAAUGUUUCCAUAACGAUAGACAACCUGCUUAGCCCUGCUCAUACGCUUGUCCACAUAUGUUGCCAAGAGCGGAAAGGGCUUCUUUAUGACAUAAUGCGAACACUGAAAGACUUCAACAUUCAGAUUUCUUACGGGCGCUUCUCGGUGAGACAAAGGAGGAGCUGUGAGAUCGAUCUCUUCAUAAUGCAAGCAGAUGGAAAGAAGAUUGUUGACCCGAGCAAGCAGAUGGCAUUAGCGUCCCGCUUAAAGUUGGAGCUCAAUCAGCCUCUAAGAGUAGCAGUAGUGAGUCGCGGGCCUGACACAGAAUUGCUAGUGGCCAAUCUUGUGGAGUUAUCAGGGAAGGGACGGCCGCUUGUCUUCUAUGACAUAACCUUUGCUCUCAAGAUGCUCAACACCUGCAUCUUCUCGGCGGAAAUCGGGAGGCGCAUGAUUGGGGACAGGGAAUGGGAAGUUUACAGAGUCCUGCUUGAUGACAGGGAAGGGGAAGGCCUCUCCGUUCCUCAAGUCAAGAUCGAGGAAGAAGUUUGGAAGACGCUGAUGGGCUGGGAUUAAUCACCAUGGAUCCAAAACUAUGCCUCACGUCUUCACAUCCAGUGCAAUUUCUUAACUGGUGGACGCUUUCUUCUGUCAGAAUGACUAGUGAAGGUGGCAAGCUCGUAUAAAAGAGAGUCGAGAAGACGAAGAGAUCCGCUUUUACUCGGUAAGACGGAUAAUCAGAGUUUGAUUUCAGUUCAUACUUGUUUCAGAGUUGUACAUAACUUCUGUAUUUAUACUAGCAGGUCGUAUAUAUAAAGAUCCGAGUAUUACGAAUCA